AUGCAUUUCCCUUCCAUCCUCGCCACCCUCGCGGUUGCUGUGUCCACCACCUCGGCCAUCAACGUCCGCUCGCACACGGGCAACUCGUGCUCCGGCGAAUGGAGCCAGUGCAACAACAUCGCCGCGGGCCGCUGCUGCCGCUUCAGCAGCUCGCUGCGUAAAAACAGCAUCUCCAUCACCGAGGCAUGUAUCCCCGCUCCUCCUCUUCUUCCCCCUUUCCCCCGCCUUUUUACAGCAUUUAACCCACUCAUCUCGUACACGGCCCGCAUCCGCGGCGAAGCCUACCGCGAUGACGGCUGCAGCACCUUUGCCGGGUCGGAACUGUCCCGCGGCGCCAACUGGAUCUGCAUCCCGUACACAAACGCCCGACCCGGGCGACGCACCGGCGGACGCUGGUAUAACUCGUCCACACGGCGCCGUUCCAACGUCAUCGAGGAGGACAAGACGUGCCCGGCCGAGCAGUAUGUCGAGGAAGGCGAGUGCACGACGUAUGUCAUGCCUGACGUGUUUGGGCUGGCGGACGGGACGACGUUCAACAUCACCGGGCUGGACGUUGAAAAGGUUGAGGAGUUGGAGAAACUCGCCGUCUCUGGUGCCGCGAUCGACGCCAUGCCGGCUGAGUUCCAGGCGCUGCGCAGCUCAGAUGUGUAG